CUUGAUGGACCAAAAGCGCACAAGCAGACGACAUCACAGUCACCAGACGACUACGACAUCACCAGCUAUCCCCGGCCGCCGCAAUCGCCAACAACUGCGUUCAUCAUCAUGCCGCCGGCAACCACCACCGCCUCGGUCCCUAUGCCCGGCUCGCUCCUCAACCAUUCGGCAUCCCUCAGGCGACCCUUCCCCGCCGCCGCCGGCCGCCUCCUCCCCUCGCGUGGGCCUAGGCCGCUCGUACAGGUCAACUCGGCCCCUCGUCGCCGCCCUGCCACGGCCGCGCGAGCCCAGAGCGCUUCCGCCCCAGAUUACCUGCCAGACUCGGAGUUCUACAAGAUCGAGGCCAUUCUUAGGCCAUGGAGGGUGUCGCAUGUGUCGUCGGGUUUGCUGCAAAUGGGGAUCAGAGGUGUCACGGUGUCCGACGUGCGGGGUUUUGGGGCGCAAGGCGGGUCUACUGAGCGGUAUGAAGGGUCAGAAUUUUCAGAAGAUACAUUUAUUGCUAAAGUCAAAAUGGAAAUAGUCGUGUGCAAGGAGCAGGUUGAACCAGUAAUUGAUAAAAUAAUUGAGAAGGCAAGAACUGGAGAAAUUGGCGAUGGGAAGAUAUUCUUGAUACCUGUCUCAGACGUCGUGAGGAUACGCACGGGCGAGCGCGGAGAGCACGCCGAGAGGAUGACCGGUGGUCUGUCGGACAGGCUGUCCCCGGUGAUAACGAUCUCAUGAGUAGCGUUUCGCCUGUCUUUGCUGCCUGCCAGCACGUCAUUGUGUUGGCUGAUAUGGCCGUGUAUGUGUGAUGUGUCCUUCGGUGAAUAAUCUGUUAACUUUGCGUGCCGCGGGAUCCUGUGCUGGAUGUGUUUCUUGGAAACUCCCUGGUGCCUAUGGUGAGAAAAUAAAAAUGUGGAUGGAAAUUGGAAUC